UACUAUAAAUAAGAAGGCAUGCCCUUGAGCGCAGCUCCACAAAGCAUCAGAUUCAAAUCUUUUUUCAUGUAGAGCUAUCUUCGUCGACAUCAGGUUUUACUAAUAUUUCUAUCCAGGCAGGGAUGGACAGGAAUCACUUGCAACACCAGGUUACCUGCAUGAGAAAGUCCCUAUUUGAUCAGGGAUACCUUGACGAGCAAUUCAUCCAGCUGGAGGAGUUACAAGACGAUGCCAACCCUAAUUUUGUACAAGAAAUUGUUACACUAUUUUACACUGAUUCAGCAAGAUUGAUUCAGAACAUCGAACAGGCACUGAACAGUAGCCCUAUUGACUUUAGUAAACUGGAUGAUUACAUGCAUCAAUUCAAGGGUAGCAGCUCCAGCAUUGGAGCUAAAAAGGUGACCGAUGAAUGCAAAGUGUUCAGAGAAUACUGCCGUGCAGAAAAUGCUGAAGGAUGCAUUAGGACUUUUCAACAAGUCAAGCAAGAGUAUGCAAUCUUGAGGAGGAAGCUCGAAGUUUAUUUCCAGAUGGUGAGACAGGCUGAUGUUGCUCACACAGCAUAAGGUGCCUGGCCUGUCAGGUGCUGAUAUAAAUGGAGAUAUAUAAACUGAUAUAGCCUUCACUAAAAUUAGUUCAUUACCAUGGAAACAAGGAUACUUUGUAGAUGAUGCAUAAGUAAC